UGACACUGGUUUAAACAGCUGAGCGAUAUAUUGAACUACUCCAGUGAGUGACAAACGUUUUCUUGUCCUCGGAAAAACGGCUGCACCGGUGCUUGAUCUGUAAUAUGUUGCUCUGUUGAUAGCGGUUACAAUACUUUACGGUUAACCACAUUACAAUAAUGAGUCAGAACGAUAAUCGUAACCCCACAGUCCAAGCGAACGGCACGCUGCAGGCACUUCCAGAAAGGGAUAACGACGAGUCGACACCUUUACUGGGAAAUGCUGCGGGGGCGCACGGUCCUGGGGGGGCUUCCUUCAGCUCCUGCGUCUUCAACCUGAUGAAUGCAAUCAUGGGGAGCGGGAUCCUGGGCCUGGCCUACGCCAUGACCAAUACCGGCAUCCUGGGCUUCUGUCUGCUCCUCCUGCUGGUCUCCGGUCUCGCCUCCUACUCCAUUCACCUCCUCCUCAAGCUGUGUGACCAGACAGCCAUCACUUCAUAUGAAGGUCUGGGUUUCCAGGCCUUUCAGAAGCCUGGUAAAAUUCUGGUUGCUAGCACCAUUCUCAUCCAGAACACUGGAGCCAUGUCCUCCUACAUGUUCAUCAUUAAGACAGAACUGCCCGCCGCCAUCACCAGUUUCCUGAGCCCAGAGCCUUCUGGAAACCCCUGGUACCUGAAUGGCUGGGUCCUGCUGAUGCUGGUGAUGUUCUGUGUGGUGCUGCCUCUCGCUAUGCUGCCAAAGAUCGGGUUCCUGGGCUACACCAGCAGUCUGGCCUUCGUCUUCAUGCUCUUCUUCACCGCCGUGGUUGUCAUCAAGAAAUGGUCUAUCCCCUGCCCCCUCCCACUGAAUGACACUCUGACUCCAUCUCAGUCCAGCAAUUUCUCCGACCCAGAAUGCAUUCCCAAGCUCUUUGCCAUUUCCAGUAAGAGCGCCUACGCUAUCCCCACUAUGGCCUACUCCUUCCUGUGCCACACAGCUGUGCUGCCCAUUUACUGUGAACUGCACCGACCCACAAAGAAGAAGAUGCAGAAUGUUGCCAAUGUGGGGAUCUCGUUGAGUUUCCUCGUCUAUCUGGUCUCCUCCCUGUUCGGCUACCUCACCUUCUAUGAGCAUGUGGACUCGGAGCUGUUGCUGGGAUACGACCGUUACCUGCCUCAUGACAUGUUGGUGAUGACCGUCCGUCUGGCCAUCCUGCUGGCUGUGCUGCUGACCGUGCCACUCAUACACUUCCCUGCCCGGAAGGCAGCGAUAAUGCUCAUUCGGGGGGACCAGCCUUUCUCCUGGGUCCACCACGCUGUGGUCACCGUCCUGCUGCUGACUGUGGUCCUGCUGCUGGCCAUCUACGUCCCAGACAUUAAGAAUGUGUUUGGGGUGGUGGGAUCUACCACCUCCACCUGUCUUUUGUUUGUGUAUCCUGGACUCUUCUACCUCCGUAUCAGUGAAGACCCCCUGAAAUCCCCUCAAGCCAUCAGUGCUGUGGCUCUGGUGGUGUUUGGUGUCUUCGUGGGGCUUUUGAGUUUGUGUGUCAUCAUCGUCACCUGGGCACAGAACCCCUGACCAGACCGAUGCUGAGGGGUGGACCACAAGUGGGAGAAGUAUCACUAUGGAAACGCACACAAGACACUCAGGGUGCACAUGAGCACAGAAUCAAAGAUAUGAGAGAGAGAGGAGUCCGAAUUGAGCUGCAUUCCUUAAGGACCGGAAGUAAUUGGUGCUGAAGAGUUUAUCCACGGACCGUGGGAAUCAUCUUCUGGAGCAAGUUUACUGUUUCUCGAGUCUCGCCACAAUCUAUAUUGUAUUAUUUGAUGAACUUUUGUAAUGUUUUCAUCUCUACAGAUGUAUGUGCCAGACAAUCAGAGGCUAUGAGACCAUUCGAAUGGCUUUCCAACUGUUUAAACUUUACUGGUGCUCCUGGUUCUCUGUCAGGUGGGCAAAACACUUUAGAACCGGACAUUUUGGUCACAGUUAUGUAUUGUAUUGGAAGCACCAAUGUUGAUUGGAAGCACACAUAUUAUCUAUGCUGCACCAUUUUUAUUACCAUUUAUAAUCAAAAUAAUUCCUGACAAUCUCGGGGCAAUGCAAUUAUGUAUAUUUUUAAUGAAUAAUGUUACUUACAGAUUGUGUUUUUAUCUAUUCUACUGCACCAGAUGUAAUUGGAUUUCAGCUGCUGGGAGUAAUUAUUCUUAUGGAUUCCAAUUAUAAUUACUAAGAUGACCAUAACUUCAACAUCAUAGAGAAUCACAUUUCAUUUGACAAAACCAUUUUUUCUAUAUAUUGCGAUGAAGCCAAGCACUUAAGAUUUUCUCUCACACAUAAAAAUGCCUAUUCUCAUUAUUUGGUCACAUGUAAUUACGUCUCAAAAUGUGAAUGUUAAUAUAGAUCAAGGUUUACAUGCAUUCUAUGGCUGUGGAAGUGUUAGUUUUUAAAUGUUUAAUGAUUAUAUAUUAUAUUUGAUCAAAGAAUUUCACCAAAGGGAAGUGGUUGUCACAGUCAUGUCAAAUAAAAGGGAAAAUGCUCACUUUA